CUUCACACUUGCUCUUAUUUUAGGUCUUCAGUGACAACGAACAUAUCUUACAAGAUGUGAUGAACGCCUGCAUCCGCGUGUCGAUAUGCCUGUUGAUUGAACUUUAAUUUGCAAAGGAUAAUGGCUACGAAAGUUGUAUAUUUUACUGUUGAUGGAAAGCCGGAACAAGCCGAAUUUAGAUCGGACGACACGGCAGACGAACUGAAAGAGACUUUUCGAGCAGCUGCUGAGGCCAAUUCAGAUGACAUACUGAAGCUUUACAACACUAAAGGCAACCUCAUCAAUAUAUCUCCAAAGUUACCUGAGAACACCCCUGAUACUCGCUACAAGUUAGAGGUGGUCGCCCUUCACUGUAAUGACAAUGUCUUGGCAACACAGUUUGGGGCAGUGAUCACAAACUUAGAAUCAAGAAUAGAAAUGUUGGAAAAGAAAGUUUUUGUAGAAAAUGGAGAAAUUCCACCUGUGAUAGGGGAGCUGAAACACAAUGUGGAAAACUUCAGAGAAAAACUAGAGGGUGUUGACCAUCUAAGUUGGUUAGGACUAUUCAAAGACAUUUCCUGUGGAACUUCAUUGAAACCUUUCUGGGACAAGUCACAGUCAAUAAAGAAGACAGAUGAACACAACAGAAUUGUGUAUGAAAAAUUCAAAAAAAUCAGUCAAGUACAAGUAACAGAUGAAGUUCGAGAAUAUCUUCGUAAGCCUACCUUUGAUAACUGGCAGUGGGACGAUCCUGAAAUGAUAAUCCUACUGCGACAGAUGUACAUAGACCUUGAUCUAAUCUCCAGAUUUAACAUCGAGAUGAAUGUGUUACAUCAGUGGCUGUAUGAGAUAUACAAAAAUUAUAACCAAGUGCCUUUUCACAAUUUCAAACACUGUUUCAUGGUUGCCCAAAUGAUGUAUGGUUUGACUUGGCUUAUUGACCUCAGAUCGGUGCUAGACGAUGUUGAUAUUUUUAUACUCCUCACCUCUGCAAUAUGUCAUGAUUUGGACCAUCCAGGGUACAACAAUGCAUAUCAAAUAAAUGCUAGGACUGAAUUGGCUCUACGAUACAAUGACAUUUCUCCCCUGGAGAAUCAUCACUGCCACGUAGCUUUUGAGGUCCUGCAGAAAAGUCAUUGUAAUAUACUACGCAAUGUCUCCAAAGAAGAAUACAAACGGAUACGAGAGGGAAUGAUCCGAUGUAUUUUGGCAACAGAUAUGGCCAAGCAUAAUGAAAUACUCAAUAAUUUUAAAUCAGUCAUAAAAAACUUUGAUUUCAAAAAUCAGGAACACAAGUCUCUGCUGAUGAUGAUACUCAUGAAGGUGGCUGACAUUUCAAAUGAGGCGCGACCUCUAGGAGUUGCAGAACCCUGGCUGGAUUGUUUACUUUCAGAAUUUUUUAAUCAGAGUGAUGUGGAAAAAUUGGAAGGAUUACCAGUGGCCCCAUUCAUGGACAGAGAGAAAGUGACCAAAUCAUCUUCACAAAUAGGAUUUAUCAAGUUCGCACUGCUGCCCUUAUUUGAGGCCCUUAGGGAGCUUUUUCCUGUUAUCGAGAAAGACAUAGUUGAACCAGUGAGGACAGCUCUGGAAUACUAUACAGACAUGCAGAAAGCCUUGGAGGAAGAAAAAAGAAAGAAAAGAGACACUGUCAAACAAAGAAUCGACAAAGAUAUCAUCAAAAGCAAGAUACAAACGUGAUAGCAGUCUGUCUUAUAGGGUAAUUUACAGGAAGAGCUGAUGUAUCGACAAAAAUCUUCUGAAGACUUUAUACUCAUUACAUACCUCAUCUCUUUAAUUUAGUGAAUUGAACUGCUGUAGAUGAUUUUUUUUUCAGUGUUCAUUUAAGUUGUGUAAUCUUUUUGCCUUUGUAAUUGAUGCAGUGUUGUUUAAAGGAGAAAAAGAUCCGACUUGAAGUGCUUGAGGCAUGGAAUUUAAAGUAUACUGUUUUAUAUUGUGGAUUCUUUUUUUCAUUUAAUGAAAUAUGUUACUCUUGUAUGCAAAUUUGCAAGCAUUUUUUAAAAAAAAGAAGAGAUUUUGCUGAUUUUUUUGCAAAUUUGAAGUGAGCUGAAUAUAUUGCUUUUGGUGUAGAAAUUAGCAUAUUGAUUCUCCACCAGUUUUAUGUUGUAUAUUUUGACAUAAUUAUGAACAUUUUUGUGCUGUUAUAUUUUUAAUGGCUUUAACAAUGACUAAAUUUUUACAUGCUCCAAAAUAUUCUUCCAAUGUGUUCAAAAAUUGUUUUCUGUUUUACUAUUUUUUAUCUGUCAGCAUAGAUGUGAUUUUUUAUAUUCAGGAAACUUUUUUGAACUCAAUAACUGCAAUAUUUUGUUUUGCAAAUUAAUGUAGAAUGGAUCUUGACAUGCAAUAGCAGACCACUGUUUUUAUAUGUCACCUUUGAAUGUAUAAACUUUUAUCUCUUUGCAUUUUAAAUGUGGAUCUUGAAAUUAAUUAGGGCCUUACACUUAUUUGCAGAUUCUUAAUUCAUAGUUAUCAAUAGUUUCUUCAUCAGCCAAACAAAUUUUUCUUUUUAUUGCCAAUCAAUUUUACCUUUGAUUUUGAUGAAAUAAUGUUUUCAAAUAACAAAUCAUGCUUAAGGUUAGAUGACAGGUUCCUCAAAUAUAUGUUUUUUGUACCUUGGUAUUAUGUAAAAAAUUAUUCAUAAUUGUCAAUCUAUUGUAAUCUCUAAAUUGUUUUCAAUAUGUUUUAAAAAAUUAGUACACCUAAAUUUGUGACAUUAGCAAUCAAAAGAUCAUCCAUAAGGAUAAGAUAUAUCAUUUCUGGCAUCUUGCUCAAAUGCCUGGUGAGGUACCUCAAUUUUUGGUUAGGAAACUUGUUUAUGUAGCUAUAGUUCAUUGACAAAUUCUUAAGAAAAAUUAUAUAUUUAUUAUGUAUACACUUCUGGCCUUAAAUACUAAAUUUGGUUCAAAAUGUAGCAGAUCUUGGAGUAUUACCUACUUUUGAAACACUUCAACCUUAACCAUAUCUUGUAAUAGUUGGUACUACGGCAUUUGACAUGUAAGUUUCAAAUAUAUGCUUCAUGUCAGGACCUUCCAUUGGACACCAACAAUAUUGAUUAGACCUUGGAAGUGUAACCUAUAUAUUAAAAGCUUGAACCUUAUUCACGACUAUAAAACAGUUCGAGCUAGGUCUUUCCAUUUCUCUCGUAAAUAAAUUAGUGACAAAAGACCUUCCAUUAGAUAUCGAGAUUUUUUUUACCUUUUGAUGGGGACCUUAAAGUUUGAUCUUCCUUUAUAAGAUGAAACAUUGGUCAAAGCUUUUGCACUGUUGGAGCUAGGACGUUAUUUUAUAUGAUCUUUUCUUGCAUCCUAAGAUUUCUGAUCAUGACAUUGAACCUUUGAGAUUGACUUUGCUUUGACAAAAAUUUCUAAAUGGUUGGUGCAAAGGCUUUUGUAUUUGUAUAACAUUGGCCAUAAGGCCAAAAAAAAUUAAUCAAUAGUUUCUCGGGCACCGCCGCAUCACUUCAAAAACGGCCGCAUUGAUCAAUUUUAUUGACAUAUUGAAAAGGGAAAUAACUCGAUUUUCUAUUUUUCCAAGUUGAAAAAGAAAAUUGAGUUAUUGCCCUUUUCAGAAAUGCUAAGGUAGACGUUUUUAUUAGAAAAACAAUAUAUUUCUUCUAAAUUUACAAUAUUUUAUGAAUUAACUUUUAAAUCAAUGUUUAGAAUAACAUUAUUUAAAGUUAAAGACAUAUUAUAAAUAACUUCAGAGAACAAAAAUUAAGAAUUAGUAGACAUUAUCAUUUUAGUGAACAAAUGGCUAAAAAAAAAAAGUGUAAGACCUGCUUCAAAAAAAAAAAAGCCUGCCUGCCGCAUUGAAUUUUGAAUUUUUAGGCCUGAGAAACUAUUGAUUAAUUUUUUUUUGGCCAAACUAUUGCACUGUAGUCUAUGUCCCAUUCCAGAAUUGUGUUGACAUCAGGGGCAUAGUGUUUCACAAAUACAUUUUUUUUUCUGCUUUCCUUUGCAAAAAUAGAGGAUUCCUUGCUGAUUCUUUUAUUAUUUGUAUUAUGGAGAUUAAAAUUACACUUACAAGUAGAAUCUAUAUUAAAGCAGGGAAAUAUGUUCAUUGAUUCUCAUCAUCCUAUACAAUCUUCUACGCAUGUUAUUUAAUUGAAGUUUUCUGACAACUGUAUUGGUUGUUUACAUAUUAUAAACUUAUUUGGGGAAAAAAUCUGUUACAAUGUAGCAGGUUAACUUUCCUUUCACAGCUUUGUAAUAAAGAUGUAGUUGUUUACUCUUGUUUACAGGGAUAGGGCACAAUGUUAAUGUUUUAAAAGACCAAAAUACAUUUAAUUAGUGUUGUAUUCAAAUAUACCAUACAUUUUUCUCUCCUAACACUAAUUUUUUUUCUAGACUUAAGAAAUGUUGAGAGUGUAUUUGUAGCAUAAAUGUGAUAUUUGGCAAUUUAGUUGUGUUUCACACAUUUAUACGUUAGAUUUUAUAUUAUUUAUUCUUAAUUAUCCGGUAAUAGCAUAUUUUGUUUUCUUUUAAAUAAAGAAUUUGUUAACUGUUAUAGUAUUUGUUUUUAUUCCACCAGCAAUUAUUUAACUU